ACCGGAGUCUGACCUCAAACCUCUUGUCCAGGAUAAAGCAGUAGUGGUGAAGCGUUAGAACCCGUCCCACAUUUCCAGCAGUUUGGGAGCUGAAUCAUUCAUAUUCAGAUGUAGAAGUUCCAGAACAAUAACCGUGACUGACCACAUCCUUUUAUCCACUCAGCUACAAGUUACUUCAGGCUUUAAUCACAUAUUUUACAAUCCAAAGUCCAAUCCUUCAGCAUCUACACACAACACAGAGAUAUCAUCACACCAUCACACUGAUUACACAAACACACAUCCAGCUGUUGGAGAUGUUUAUAGUCAAUUUUUACCUCCUUAUUUUUAUAUCACAUUUGUUUCUACACAGAUGAUUGAGUUACAGUUGGAAUAUUUAUCUUUAUUUUAUUAUUUUUUUAAUUACUUCUUUUCAUAUGUUCUUUGUUUGCUAAUCUGUGUUUAAUUGUAACCAUGGUAACAGGUCUGCUGAUUGAUUUGUUGUUGUAGUGACCCAGUUUUGUAUAUAUGUUGUAUACAUGUCAUUUCCACUGUGUGUAAUUACAGAAUAAACAGUGAGUGUGAGUGAAACACAACAAUUCAGGUGUUUGAGGUGUGUUUGAUCACAAACCUUUCUGAAGCAGUAACUGUUCUGUCUCAGUAACAUGAUCACUUCCUGUCUCUCAGGUGCUGCAGUAUUGGGUGUGGUGCUGAACACAGGAAGUUACUGCAAGGAAAACAUUCAACAAUUCAAUUUAAUGAACAAUUCAAUCUCAACAACUUAAUUUAAGUCCUACAUGAUGGAGCAGACUGGAGCCCAGUGUUAGACCCAAAUCAUGUUCAUUCACAUGUUAAAGAAAACUGCUGCAUCUUUGUGGAAGUCCGUGUCAUUCACAAGGAAGCAGUUUACUGGAACGGAUCAGAAUCUGAAUCACUUUACUGCCUGUGAGUUGGGACACAGGUUUAGGAUCAGACUCAGGAGAACACUUUGUAUUCAAGUGGAACCUUAAAUUAAUAUAAGUUCUCAAAAUAGACCUGCACAUGUAAACAAGAUUAAGUUUGUGUGUGUGUGUGUGUGUGUCUCUGUGUCCAUGUCCACCAGCUCAGUUCAGAAUGGCAGAAGAGUGAAUAGUGUGUGUGAGGGGUGUGUGGGAUCAUCCACAAUGCUGUUAGAUCUGCGGAUGCAGCGUGUGGAGUAAAUGUCUGUGACUGAGGGGAGAGAGACUCCAAUGAUCUUCUCAGCUGUCCUCACUAUCCACUGAAGGGUCUUGUGAUCCGAGACGGUGCAAUUCCCAAACCAGGCAGUGAUGCAGCUGCUCAGGAUGCUCUCGAUGGUCCCUCUGUAGAAGGUGGUCAGGAUGGGAGGUGGAAGAUGAGCCUUCCUCAGUCUUUGUAGGAAGUAGAGGCACUGCUGGGCUUUUCUGGUGAUGGAGCUCGUGUUGAGUGACCAGGUGAGGUUCUCCACCAAGGGAUUUGGUGCUCUUGACGAUCUCCAUGAUGGACUCAUCUAUGUUCAGUGGAGAAUGGUCACUCUUUGCUCUCCUGAAGUCAACAACCAUCUCUUUAGUCUUGUUGACAUUCAGGGAGAGGUUGUUGGCUCUGCACCAGGCUGUUAGUUGUUGCACCUCCUCUCUAUAUUCUUAAGCCUUUGGACACACAGGUUCCUGCUGCAGUUCCCUGCAGUUUAGGUAGGACACACACACACACACCAAGCAGAAAGCUAUUUCUUCUGGAAUAUAAUGGAAUUGUUCUGCCAUCAAAAUGGAGUAAGUGUCAUAGUUUGUUAAGCUACAUCCCCGAUACCUACAAUAGCCGUGAUGGCUAACGUUAUUUCUUUUACAGGAAGUGAUGAUGUGCGAAGCCGCAGCCGUCCUCUUGAAAGGCUACGGCUUGCUCCGGAGGAAACUAGAUAAAGUCAAAGACACUCAGAGAUGGAAGGAGUGGAGCCUUCCUCUGGCUUGACUUCCUCUGAUUAAGAUGGGAGAUGAUCUCGCCUCCAGAAAUCUGAUCUACCCAGCGGAUAUCUGCUACGUGGUGGCGAAACUGGAGCUGGGGUCGCGUAGACACUUCCAGUUGAUCAGAUACGACAGUGUGCCAUUUGGCUUGACGGUCUUCGUCAAUCCCAUCAUGAGAACUGAGAUGUAUGAAUACGUGCUGUGGCUGACCUCAGGACAGGCCCAGCCAAGCUUCCAUUUUACACCUCUCUUAGAUCUUCAAGUUGUGUGUGGCCAGCAGAAAUCUUUUUUUCGGUUCACCUGAAUUAAGCUUUAAAUACUGUGAGGUCAUCACUAGGGCAGUCAUCACUUUCCCUGACAGACUCACAAGGAGCUUGAUUGAACACCUUCUUUUGCUGUCUUGCAAACUGCAAAAAGACAAUUCAGAAGAACCUGAGUGGCUGCUAGCGCUCCGGCAGCUGCACAGAACUACAUUAGCAAAUGCUAAUGUCAGUGAUGACCCAGAGCAGCACAUGGUGUCUACCAGCCAGAGAUUCAGAGUCUCUGAGAUUCAGGAGUUAAAACAUGAUCCCCCGAAUGAGCCGAUCCCUGAACUCCAGCCUCCUGGUCCGGAACAGCUUGCUGAACUGGAAGCUUUGCUUUCUUCGCGGUACCAGUUGGGAGAUCUGCUGGGGAACGGAUGCUUCGGCUUUGUCUUCAAAGCGGUCCGGAUCGCAGAUAAUAAAAAGGUCGCUGUUAAGGUCGUCAAGAAGUCCGGAUUUACCACAACUAUGAAAAUGCCCGGAGAGACGGAGGAGCUGCCCUCAGAGGUGGCGCUAAUGAGAAUGGUGUCCGAGCCACCUGUCUGUAGCAACGUUGUGGAGUUACUGGAGUGGUUUGACAUGGGCCAUCAGUUCGUCAUGAUCAUGGAACGGCCCAGUCCCAGUAUGGACCUCUUGGAAUUCAUGGAGCUUCAGGGAGGUUCCCUGUCUGAAGCACAGGCUCGAGACAUCAUGGUGCAGGUGAUUCGGGCGGCUCGUCACUGCUGUGAACGUGGAAUGGUACACAGAGACAUCAAGGUCGAGAAACUCAUCAUCAACCCCGAAACCCUGGAAGUGAAACUGAUUGACUUUGGCUGUGGGGAAUUGCUGAAGGACACUCCCAGCAAACAUUUUUUCGGCACUAUAUUCCUUAUACCUCCUGAGUGCCUGUUCCGUGGAGAGUACAUGGGGGUUCCUGCCACCAUCUGGGGUCUGGGCAUUCUUCUGUAUCAUUUCCUCAGUGGACAAAUCCCCUUCAUUGAUAUAGAACAAGACUUCAGUUAUGGGUACCUGAAUGCACUUCCUGACGUGUCUCAAGAGUGCUUCCAGCUGCUAAUGUGGUGUCUGGAUUUAAACCCUGAAACACGCCCAACAUUCGAGCUCUUGGCCAGGCACGAGUGGUUUACUGGGGGCAGUUCAGGACAGAGUCCAGGUUAGACAGCGAGUAGACCUGAUUAAUAUGAUUGUAAAGAACAGAAAAACAGAAAUGUGUCUCAGUUAUGUUAACAGGUCAGGAGUCUUCUGGACACUAAAACCUGCUACUGAGGCCUUGCAUGAUCUCUGAUGGGAAGAGCAAGACGAGAAAGAGAGACUGAGAUCAGAUUGAUAAAUAAAACACUGAACUUGAAAGCAACUGAACUUGAAAGCAACAAAGCAAUCCCCCUGCAGUCUUAUUGAACAGAAAAGAAGAAAAAAUGCAGCAUUAUUGGAGCACAUGCAGAUUUUCCAGAGAAAUGUAUUUAAAUUUCAUUAUCACAGACCAGUGAAGAUACAGUGGCUGAAAUGACCGGUGUUAGACACAGGACAGGACAUAGAAUGGACUUAUUCAGAAGAUUUCUCACUACCUCUUGAUUUAGAGGGAAAAUAAAAACCUGAGACUUGAAUGUUAUAGUUGCUGAAUAUUGAAAUUUUGGAACUGUAAUGUUAUACAAACCUACUGCUUAAAAAUAAUAAUAAUAAUAAUAAUAAUAAUAAUAAUAAUAAUAAUAAUAAUAAUAAUAAUAAUAAUAAUCCUAAAUUAUGUGUGGUCCAUUACCUGAAUCCCAAAUGUCCCUAGGCUACCCUUUCUAGUGCACUAGUUAGGGUGUGAAAGCUGAACAAAAUCUGUACCAAAUUCAGAUCUGAAUGAAACAACACUAAGCCAUGUACACUGAAAAAACAAACUUGUAAGAUUUACUUAAUAAAAUCCUCAUAACAAUUUGCACACACAGAUUUUAAUUAAAUAUCACGGUUCUAAAAUUAAGUACAAUUCACCUGUCAUUAUUAGGUAAAAUCUACUUAAUAUUUAACUUGAUGCACCUAAAUAAAUUGAGUAAAAUUUACUUAAUUAUAUUUAAUACUUAGAUGUCAAGCCCAGGAUUCUAACCCAGGAUCUUCUUGCUGUGAGGCAACGGCGCUAACCACUAAGCCACCGUGCUGCUGUACACAAUGCAGCAGUGUACGGUUUAUAUUACUCCUGAUAAUUAUGUAAACGUCACUAAAAAAUACAUUUAAUAGUUUAUUUAGCCAACAUUAACAAAAGUGACUUAAUAUCCACAGCCUUAACACAAUCUUAACAAAGGGUUUGUUUUUUGUUUUUGUUUUUUAAGUGCAUUUAGUGAAAUUUCACUGGAACUGGAACAACUGCAUAAUGCCAGGGACUGGAACCCUUUAAUUAAACAAAACAUCUUAAUAAAAUAAAUAAAUAAAUAAUACAUACAACAAAAAACGUAUACAUUUAAUGCACCAUAUAUAACAUUUGUUUGGAAAACGGAAGGCAUAAAAUGUAGCAAAACAAUACAUGAAACAACAUGUCAUCAGAGCCCUACACGCGCUACACUUUUAAAAUGUUUAAAAUAUACUUAAAAUUACUAGGUUUAUGUGCAAUGACAAUAAAACAUUUAAAUAUUACGAGUGAACACAUAAUAUUUAACCCUUCCACUCAGUUAAUUUAUUACAUGAAUUAAAUGUGUAUGUAUCUGUAUUGUGGGGUCUGGUGUCUCUCUUCUUCCUCUUGACAAUACUCCAUAGAUUCUCUAUAGGGUUCAGGUCAGGUGUGUUUGCUGGCCAGUCAAACACAGUAACACCACAAUCAGCAAACCAGUUCCAAGUAGCUUUGGCACUGUGGGCACAGGCCAUGUCCUGCUGGAAAAGGAAAUCAGCUAAACACAGUGGACCAACACCAGCAGAUGACAUGGCACCCUAAAUCAUCACUGACUGGACACUUCACACUAGACUUGAAUUGGCUUUGCUUGACAAUCUUCUCAAGCUUACGGUCAUCCCUGUUGCUUGUGCACCUUUUCCUGCCACACUUUGCCAUUCCAGUCAACUUUCCAUGAAUAUGCUUUGAUACAGUGCUCCAUGAACAGCCAGCCCUUUCAGCAAUGAUUUUCUGUGGCUUACCAUGCUUAUGGAUUCAAGAUUUUCUAACACAUAUAGCUGACGCAGUACAUAGUAUACAUGCAGUACAUGUGUAUAUAUAUAUAUAUAUAUAUAGGAUAUUCAGCUUUUGGGUGAAAUUUCAGGAUGCACCUAAAAUGCACUAUAACCUUUCCAGGUGAACUUAAUUUGACCUUCUCUACACUUUUGAAUGCACAUGUCCAACUGUUCAGGGUUUCAGUACUUUUUGUAUAACUUGCUGUUCUCUAACAAGGUGCUUAACAGCAAAAUUCACAACUGGUGUUUGAUCCAUGAAUCGACCAAUAAAUUUUCUGGUUCAAUUAGAAUUGGUAUUUAAACAGUCCUCUUCAUCAUGCUGUUCACAUUUUGACAUCAUGAGACCAAGACCACACCUAACCAUUGAUCAACAGUACCUCACCAUUGCGAGGCUUCAAACAGGAUGUUCUCAGAGGGAAGUGGCCACUGAGCUUAGAGUGUCACAGAGUGUCAUCAGCAGGUUGCGACAGAGAUACAGAGAGACUGGAAGAGUCACAGAAAGGCAUAGCAGUGGACAUCCUUUAGCCGCAUCCCACGUUGAUGACCGCUUCAUUGUGAACAGUGCCCUGUGGAACCGGAUGAUGAAUGCCACUCAACUCCAGGCACAUUUAAUCGAGGUGUGAGGCACCCAAGUGUCACGUCAGACCAUUCGAAACCGUUUACAUCAGCGUGGUCUGUGUGAUAGACGAUCUGAAAGGGUACCUGACCACACCACCAGGCACAGGCGUCAUCGUCUUGCAUGGACCAGGGAGCAUUUACGCUGAACAAGGGACCAGUGGGCCUCAGUGCUGUUCUCUGAUGAAAGUCGAUUGAAUGAUGAAAUGAAGAAGAAAUGAUGGCCACCAACAAUGUUGGAGACGUCACAGAGAGCACUAUACAUCAGCCACUGUUGUGGUGUUACAGUCUGGGCAGGUGUGUCUACUCAAUACAGAACUGCCCUACAUCUUGUGAAUGGUACAGUGACAAGCCAAUACUACCUGAUUAACAUCAUUAAUCCAGUCAUUGUGCCCCUGCAUUAACAACACAGGCCUAAUUUCAUCUUCAUGGACGACGAUGCUCCAGCUCAUCGAGGUCGCAUCAUUAGGGAACGGCUGCUGGAGGCUGGGGUACCUCAAAUGGAGUGGCCUGCACUUUCUCCAGACCUGAAUCCCAUAGAAAACCUCUGGGAUCAGCCGAGUCGCCGUGUAGAGGCUCGUAACCCUGCACCCCAGAACCUCAAUGACCUGAGGGCCGCCCUUCAAGAAGAGUGGAAUGCCCUGCCUCAGCAGACAAUAAGUCGACUCGUGAACAGCAUGAGACGUCGCUGUAAAGCUGUAAUUGAUGGUCAAGGGCACAUGACAAAUUAUUGAGACAUUGACAUUUUUUGUUGUGGUAUACCCACCACUGUUGUUGGCUUUUGUUUCAAUAAAUUGUUUGAGAUGAGGAAAUCACCAUUGCAGCUUCUACUUAAAUGCCCUACUUUCAUGAUAUAAUAUCACUGUAGCGUGGACUUUUUACAUUUUCCAUCAAUUUCACCCAAUAGCCAAAUAUCCUUAACUUUUUGUGAGUAGUGUAUAUGUCUGUUAAGUUGCCUAUUGAAGUUUAACAUGUUAUUAUUGAGUAAUUCUGAGAUAAAUGUAUAUUUAUUUAUGUUAAAGAAGCUAAUCUGUUAAGUUGAAUGUUCUGUUGAAGGCUCACUCUGGGCUCCCACUUGGCACCUUUACUAAUCACUUGAUUAGCUCCUGCAGAGAGGCUGGUAAUGGCAGCCCAUAUAGCUGUUAAUAGGGCUGAAACGAUUCCUCAUGUAAUUUGAAUACAAAAAAAUCAUCAAGGCAAAUUAGUUGCCUCGAAGCUUCGUUUAGUGCAUUUACUGUAACUACACACAGAGAAGAUUCAGGCCAAAGAAAACGGCAGAAAGUUUUCAAAAUUUGGGAUCAUUUCAAACUAAAACAGACAGAAAACUCUGUACAGUGUGAUUACUGUAAGACUGAACUGGUGUACCACAGCACUACAAGUUCCAUACUUCAACAUCUCAACCGCGGUGAAGUUAGUUUGAUAUUCGGACAUUAGAUAUUCGGAUAAAAUAAAAAUCAGUGAAGACAUAUUUUGGGAUAACAAGAGGUGUACCUCGUGGGGGGGUUUCCAAUUAGAUUAUUUUGGUACUAGUUUAGGGUCACAGGGUCACAUGACCUAGAAGUUAUUGAAGGAAUAGUGAUUUUUUUAAAAUUAAAAAUAAAUAAAUAAAUACAAAUUAAUUCACACUAUGCAUAAUUAAUACUAUCUAUUAAUUAAAUUAUUAUUAAUAAAUUAACAAUAGCAGCAUGCAAUGAUGCAUGAAAUAUGUAUAUUUAAGAAGAUACAUACACGUAGCCAGGUAAGUAACAAGUACCACAUUUCAGUCAUACAGAAAUGUAUGUAGAGACAUUUAAGAGAGUUUAUUCUCCAAAUAACUCUAAUUUCAUGUUACAGAAAAAUGUGUUAAGAAAUUUGAUGUGUAUGGACUCUUGUUCUUGUUCCAAGUUUCCUUUCUGUCCACUAAUUUUUGCCGCUUAUAAAAACCACAAAGUCUUCCAGGAAGCCAGUAAAGGCUUAUGUCCUGCUUGAGCUGUAGUUAGACUGAAACGUCAAAGUUGCACAACAUAAAUACAAUGUUUAGGUAUUAUUAUUAUUAUUAUUAUUAUUAUUAUUAUUAUUAUUAUGUUUUAGGUUGUACUAUUUGUACCUUCUUUUGAAGUAAUUAAGUUUUUUUUAUAUAUAUAUAUUUGUAUUUGCAUUUUGAAUGCCACUUAAAUGCAUUAAAUAGGUUUAGAUUUUAUUUUCAUUUUUGUAAAUAGGAAACAACUUAGUUGUUCAUUUUAAGAGACCUGUCUUAUUUUCUCUUGCAUAUUUAGUAUUCCUCUUUAAUAAAGAAAAAGUACUUCUUAUCCGAUUACUUGAUUAAUCAGUGGAAUAAUCGGUAGAAUACUUGAUUACUAAAAUAAUCCAUAGCUGCAGCCCUAGCUGUUAAUGCUUUAUAUUGUUCAUUUAUUGGGAAUUGUGUGUGAAACAAGUGUCACAAAUGUUUUAAACUGUGAAACAGAGUUAAAAUCUGUACAUAUCUGCAUAAUCUGAGUAAACUAAUACUAGUUUUAACUGUGUUGGCGCAUGAAAGAACAUGAAUGGGGGAUUUUUGAAUGCUUUUGAAGGAAAACAAGUCUUUGUGAAUGUUAAAUAUUGAAUAUUUGUCAAUAAAGACAUACAUACAGAGGAGCUG